GUCAAUGCCAUUCAAUACAUUACGGACUAUGAAAAAGUCGCUGCGUACAGAAUUAUGUUGCUGUCGUUACAAAUGUUUGUUACUUGACGAUGUGAAUUUCACUUUAUCGUGGCACAGUAGGAUUUAUUAGUGGAACACUUCUUUUUUUAUAUCGCACUCUUGCUCUUUGAUGUUACUUCAAUUUUAGUGAAGUCCUUUCCCAAAGGAUUGUAGCUAUGGCCAGUGAUAAAAUCAAAGUUGCGAUCCGAGUACGGCCGUUUAAUAGAAGAGAAAUUGAAUUGGGAACGAAAUGUGUUGUGGAGGUGGACCAACAACAAACUAUUUUACAUAACCCAAAUUCCAGAAACAGUAAACAACCAAAGAGUUUUACAUUUGAUCAAUGCUUUUGGUCCUUUAAUGAAAACCAUUCACACUAUGCAAGCCAAGCAACGGUUUUCAACAGCCUUGGAGCAGAUAUUCUGGAUAACGCUUUUCAAGGCUACAAUGCUUGUAUCCUGGCAUAUGGACAAACAGGGUCAGGGAAAUCGUUUACAAUGAUGGGAUCUGAAGACAAUAAAGGUUUGAUUCCCAGAUUGUGUGAUGCACUUUUUGAGAGAAUAAAUGCCUCAGGAAGGCAGUCAGAUUAUAAAGUGGAAGUUUCCUAUAUGGAGAUUUAUAAUGAGAAAGUGCAUGAUUUACUUGAUCCAAAAGGAUGCAAACAAACUUUAAAAGUGAGAGAGCAUAACAUCUUAGGUCCAUAUGUUGAUGGUUUAUCAACUUUAGCUGUUUCUUCAUAUGAAGAAAUCAAUAAUCUAAUGACUGAGGGCAAUAAAUCUAGAACAGUUGCUGCUACAAAUAUGAAUAGUGAAUCCAGCAGAUCUCAUGCAGUUUUUACCAUAACUCUUACAUGUACAGUUUCAGAUGAACGCUCAGGUGUUACCGGUGAAAAAGUUUCUAAGAUGAGUCUAGUCGAUUUGGCUGGAAGUGAAAGAGCAGUAAAAACUGGAGCAGUUGGAGAAAGGCUAAAAGAAGGCUCAAACAUCAAUAAAUCACUGACAACGUUAGGAUUGGUUAUAUCCAAAUUAGCUGACCAAUCUUGUGGGAAAACAAAAGACAAAUUUGUUGCAUACAGAGACUCUGUUCUUACAUGGUUGUUGAAGGACAAUCUUGGUGGUAAUAGUCGUACAGUAAUGGUUGCUACCAUAAGUCCAGCAGCUGAUAAUUAUGAUGAAACACUUUCUACUCUGAGAUACGCUGAUAGAGCUAAGCGAAUUGUUAAUCAUGCUGUUGUCAAUGAAGAUCCUAAUGCAAGAAUAAUACGAGAACUCAGGGAAGAAGUUGAAAUGCUUAAAGAGCAGCUCAAGAGUACUGCGCAAGAAGAUCUGCAGGAAAGAUUGAAAGAGUCAGAAAAGCUCAUGCAAGAAAUAUCACAAACAUGGGAAGAAAAACUGAGGAAAACAGAAAAAAUUCAUCAGGAACGGCAACAAGCUCUAGAGCAAAUGGGUAUAUCAGUCCAAGCCUCUGGAAUUAAAGUAGAACAAGAUAAAUAUUAUUUAGUGAAUUUAAAUGCAGAUCCUUCUUUGAAUGAACUACUAGUCUAUUAUUUAAAAGAUAAAACUGUUGUUGGCUACCCCGGUGCAUCCUCUGAUUUAGAUAUUCAGUUAAGUGGAUUAGGUAUCAUGCCUAAACACUGCACAAUAACAAUAGAGAAUUCAGGAUUAUUUUUAAUUCCUGAGAUUGGAGCAAGGACUUGUGUUAAUGGCUCUGUUGUAACAAGUCGAAUACAAUUGCACCAUGGAGACAGGAUUUUGUGGGGAAACAAUCAUUUCUUCAGAGUCAACUGUCCCAAAACAAGCAAUUGUAACAGUCCAGAAAUACCAGAACGUCCUUUGGAUUACGACUUUGCUAGAGAAGAGUUGAUGAUGAAUGAGCUUAGUAAUGAUCCAAUUCAGUCUGCUAUGGCAGCUUUAGAGAAGCAACAUGAAGAAGACAAACAAAUUGCUUUAGACAAACAGAGGCAGAUGUAUGAAAGGCAACUUCAGCUUCUUCGAAACCAAAUGUCUCCUGGUACACCAUACAGUCCUUAUCCUCCUUUUGACCUAUUAGGUUUAGGAAAAUAUACUCCUGUUGGCACACCAACUAGCAAUGUUCAAUCUAGAAUGGAGAGAUGGGCUCAAGAUAGGGAUGAAUUAUUCAAAAAGAGCUUGGCAAAAUUGAGAGAAGAUAUAGUUAGAGCCAAUGGCUUAGUUAGAGAAGCGAACUUUCUGGCUGAAGAGAUGGGCAAGGAAACUGAAUUCAAAGUUACACUUCAGAUCCCUGCUGCAAAUCUCAGUCCUAAUAGAAAGAAAGGAGCAUUCGUUAGUGAACCAGCCGUUCUAGUAAAAAGACGUAACAAGAAUGGUCAAGUUUGGUCCAUGGAGAAAUUGGAAAACAAGCUCAUAGACAUGAGAGAAAUGUACCAAGAACGCAAAGAAAAAGGGUUGGACAUGAAGGAGGGAUUACCACCUAAAGCAAUGGAUCCCUUUUAUGAAUCCCAAGAGAAUCACAAUCUUAUUGGAGUGGCCAAUGUAUUCCUAGAUUUCCUCUUUCACGAUGUGAAAUUAGAUUAUCAGGUUCCUAUAAUUAGUCAACAAGGAGAGGUUGCUGGACGACUUCAUAUAGAAAUAUGUCGUGUAGAUGGUAGCUUUUUAGAUAACUUGGAUAAUAGUGAAUGUGAUAGUGAAAGAAGCUCUGAGUUGAAAGAUAGCACACUAGACGUUAGCGAUACUAAUACUGGACGCCAGAUAACUGUUAGGCUGUGCAUUAAAUCUGCCACUGGUUUGCCACCCUCACUGUCCAAUUUUGUAUUUUGUCAAUAUAUGUUUUGGGGGCAUCCGGAUCCUGUUGUUGUUCCACCCAUUGUUAAUCCUGAAUAUCCAGCUUCACGCAAGGGAAAGGACUGUAUGACAUUUAAAUUUGAACACGAGCAGGAAUUUCUUGUUAAUGUAUCUGAAGAGUUUGUUGAACAUUGUACUGAGGGCGCAUUAUCCAUCGAAGUAUGGGGUCAUCGCAGCGCUGGAUUUAGUAGUUCAAAACCUGGAUGGGAUGUGGAUGUUCAGUUAAUGCGGUCUCGUUCCUUAGCUGAUAGGUGGUCUGAAUUAUUGAGAAAAAUUGAAUUAUGGGUUGAGAUUCAAGAAUUGAAUGAUCUUGGUGAAUAUGCACCUGUUGAAGUCAUUCCAAGACCUGACAUUGCAACAGGUGGUGUUUAUCAGUUGCGACAGGGACAACAAAGAAGAGUUGUGGUUAGGGUGAAACCUGUUCAUAAUUCUGGUACUUUACCUAUAAUUUGUGAAGCCAUCACCAGUGUUUCAAUUGGUGGUAUAUGUUCUCGAUCAAAAUUACAAAAACCACUAGAUUCAUACCAAGAAGAAGAUUUAACUCUGUUGCGAGAGAAAUGGUCUGAAGCUUUAAUGAAAAGAAGGGAAUAUUUGGAUAGUCAGAUUCAGAAGAUUAUAAACAAAAAAGAUAAAACUGAUCAGGACAUUGAAAGGGAGCAAAGUCUGAUAGAUCAGUGGGUAUGUUUAACUGAGGAAAGAAAUACAGUCCUUGUUCCUGCCCCUAAAUCUGGUAUUCCUGGCGCUCCAGCAGACUGGGAUCCACCUCUUGGAAUGGAAAAACAUAUACCAGUGAUAUUUCUUGACUUAAAUGCGGAUGAUAUGAGUGUUCCUAAUCAAGGGGAUUCUGAAAUUCGCAUAGCUGGAGCCAAUUCUAUCCUGCCAAAAGAGCAUGGAAGCCAAUCUUUUAAUCUUCCGAUUGUAAAAUAUUGUGAGAAAGAGGUUUGUGCAACUGCUGCUUGGGAUUCCUCCAUUCAUGAUUCCAUUCAUCUAAACCGAGCCACAUCACCAAAUGACCGUAUCUAUUUGAUACUGAAAGCAUCUGUCCGUCUUAGUCAUCCGGCCACAAUGGAUGUUAUGCUUCGCAAACGCCUUGCCAUUAACGUGUAUAAAAAACAGUCCAUAGCUGAUAAAAUUAAGAAAAAAAUUGUCCGUCAAGACACUCUUGCUGCAACUGGUGUUACUUAUGAAGUGGUUUCUAAUAUUCCAAAGGCCUCUGAAGAUCCAGAAAAUAGAGAAAUGCUUGCAUUAAUGGCUGCAUCUGGUGAAGAUGCGGAUACUAAUGAUGGAGAAAGUUAUAUAGAAAAAUAUACAAGAGGAGUAUCUGCUGUUGAGAGUUUAUUAAUGUUGGACAGAUUGAGACAGGAAGUGGCAGUGAAAGAACUCUUAGCUGCUCAAGGUAAACCUUUAAGAAAGACAGCAAGUGUGCCAAAUAUUGCUCAUGUUCUUAGAAUGGAUCAGAGGUUAGAUACAACAUUCCCUCAGAGAAUGGAUCCAAGCUCUAGAGCUGAUUCUGCUUGUGAAUUAACUAUGCAGUCACCAAAUGAUGACUUUAAACAACGAAACUUGUCCAGUCCUCUGACGAGCACUCCAUUUGGGAAGGAGAAAUCCUCCAUUAACAGUGGAGAUUCCCCCGUUACUUCUCCAUAUGCGUUAACUCGACCAACUUUCUUGAAUCUCAGUUUCAAUUUGAAUAUGAGUCUUCGUCAGAAUUCAUCCAUUUUAAACUCCCCUUUGAAUGGUUUGACUCCACAGUCCACAAAGUUAGUAAAACCAAUGUCCACAGUUCUUGAAGAGCAAAGUCUACAAAGUGUUCCUGAAUGUGGACUUGAUGAAAGUACUGAAUUUUGUGAUCAUUCAAAGGAUGAAACUUGUGUAUUAAACUUAAAUGAAAAAUUAGCUGAAAGUGAAGAUGAACUCAACAAUUUCGCCUCAUGUAGAGCAGAAGAAAGUGGUUCUGUCAGUAAUAUCAAUGAUGCAAAUGAAGCUACUGAAAUUGCAUCUGAGAAAAGAGGGAGGGCAUUAGAAACACCUGAUAGUAUAGGUGAAAUACAGGCCAAAGUAGGAACGCCUAGUAUGAUCUCCAGUGGGUAUGGCUCUCAAGCCUUAUCUACUACACCUGCCUCAAGUGAAGAUUCAAUUUCAAUUCAUAGUGUUACAGAAGAUUUUCGAGAUAAUGACUUUUCUUCAGAAAUAUCAGCUCCCAGUGAGGACAUCAAUCAGCAAUAUUAUCAGCAAAACGAAAGCUAUAUUGAAGAUUUCCAAAACAAUAAUAACAACACAUCUGACAGUGAAAAGUUAUCAUCUGAUCAGAACCUUUUAGAUACACAGUGCUUGGAUGUGAGUGCUGAAACUCAUUCUCAAGGUUCUUCUGACAGUGAAUUACCACGAGAUCCUGCUUCUGAAAUCAAAUUUCCAUCUUGGCUUACAGUUGGUGAAAGUGUGAUGAUAUCUCCUUAUAAUAAAACCGGUGUAGUUGCCUAUCUUGGACCGACCCAUUUUGCUCCUGGUCCAUGGGCUGGGGUUGAACUAGAUACCCCAACAGGCAAGAAUGAUGGUACAGUAAACGGAACACGGUAUUUUGACUGCAAACCUCGAUUUGGAAUUUUCGUCAGGCCAGACAAACUUGUAGUUGAUAGAAGAGGUAGAGAUAUGAGAGCUGCUCGCAGCUCUUCUGCCUCAUUAAAUGGAACUACAAAGAGAAGCAGAGAAGCUUCCUGGAAGCGGUCUACGAAACCAAGUUCAAUGUAUGUUUCAGUCCACAAGAGCCAGACCCGAUCGGACAAUCACUCUGCUGGUGGUCAGUGGAAUUCAGCCAAGGCACGCAGUCGUAGUCGAGACACCACACUGCGGGUCAGCAGCACAAGAGGAAAAAAGUGAAUGUAAUUUAGCUAGUGACAUUUGUUGUGACUCGACUCAAAGUGAACACGUUUCCAACCAACUGAUUGCACAUGAAGGUGUCAAUCCUCUUACUAUGCAUAUGGAGUCAUAGUAUGCAAUUCAGAGGAGAUUCUCAGAUAAACUGUGUUCUGGGAGGGACUUUCAGUGUCAGCUUUUCUCUGAAAGAAACAAACUAGAGAGUUGUUGGCUUCUGUAACUCCAGUUCUCAAGUAGUACAUAGUUUAUACUUCUACAAUUGUUACCAUUGUGGAAGGUUUCCAAAUAAUAUUUAAAAGCAUGCAUCAGAAGUUAAAGCCAAUCCCCCCCCCUAAUAUUUCGAGUUUCUUUCCAACUCUUUUGUUAUUAUAAUACCGUCCUUGGGCAUACUAUGUUAAAUUCAGAUGUAUAUAUUACAAAAUAUUUUUUUUUAUGCAAUAAUCUUUUAUUUCUAUCUAGUGUGGUGUAAAAAUUUAUUAUUUUUCUUUUUGGUUUAUAUAAAAAUUAGUUAUCAUUCUAACACUUUCUAGUAUUGGAAAAAUUAAAUCUAUGCCAUUAUUAUUUUUUUUCAGCUUAAUGCCAGGCCAGUAUUAUAAAUGAGAAAGUAUCAGAAAACAUUUUGUAAAAUGAAAAUAAUUUCAACUGCUAUAAAACGGUGGUAUUAUCAGGAACCUAAAAUUUAUGUGGCAGCUAUCACAAAUUUUUAACCAUGUAAUAUUUAAAAUUCUAUUAACUUUAAAAAUAUCUAAUCGAUAAAAAAAUUGUAUCGUUCAUCAAAUAUAAAUUUUAAUUUGGUUUCUUAUGGUAUUCUUUAUAUGCAAUCAGGUAGGACUGAAAUUUCUUGAACUAAUGCCAGAAAUGUAAAAUUUAUAAGAUUUUGGAGUUAAGUUUUCAGAAUUAAAAAAAAAAAAAAAACAGAUUAAGAAAUUGGGCUUUUAGUUACUUAUGUAAUUGAUACAUUUUAUUGAAUCAAAGAUAUUUUCUACAUUGUAUGCACCACAUACAAAUGCAUUUUAAUUUUGUAUAGUGUAACAGAAGUACAUAAUUUAAACAUUGAAGAUCCCAAUUUAUAAUCAUCCUAUUAGCUUUGAAAAUGAGUCAUUCUAGUUUUAGAAAAUAUAUAUUAACCUGCCCUUGAAAUUCCAUCUAAAACUGGAUAUAUGUAAUUUAGCAGGAAUGCACAAAUUUAGCAUUUUGAAAGCAACUUGCAAACAUUUUAAUUAGCUUGUGUGCAUCUUUCUUUUCUCUUAAUGAUCUAUUUUUAAUCACAUGCUUUCUGCAGUCAGAAAUAUAUUUGUUUGUGCAAUCCUGUUGUAGAAAAAUAUCAUCUUUAUCUCAUAAAUUCACUCCUCUUCCAUCAUGUAAGAAGAUAUCUGGUGAUUUGGAAAUUUAUCUUUUUCUUGUAAGAGUGUAAAUAAAUAACAAAUGCUGUCGUCCAGUUUAAUAGUUAAUACAUAUUAUUUGCACUACUCUUAAUGUACACUAUUUUUCUGUUAGUCUUUAAUUGUAAAUCUUAAUUUUUUUUAAUCUGUAUUUUUCAGUUUAAAUAUUUUCAAAGCAGUGGGAGCUGGAGUAUGGUUUUGUUUGAAAUUUUUAUAAUGUUGUUGUUAUGAAUGCUAGCAAAUUAUCUUUGGGUAGAGACAUAUGUACUUAAAUAGGGCAUAUAUAAUUAUUUAUUCAUUCCUUAAUAUUUGUAGAAUGGAACAUUUAUUUGCCAGCAUAAUUAAUCUUAAAUUUUUAAAAAGUUUGAAAUAUUCAUAUUUAAAAAAGUUUUCAAAAUCUUCAUUUUUUUUUAAUCACCAUCAUGAGCUUUUUGUACUUAUGUAAAAAGAACACUUAAAUAAAUUAAACUAUGCAUUUAGAUUAUUAAAUCUCAAUUUUUUUUAUUAAUAUAAUUUCUAUCAUAUUUGUACAUGUAUAUUGCUUCAUCUAAGGGAAAAAAAAAAUCUUUUCUAUUCAUCUGGUGACUUUGAAAUGCCCUCAUUUUAACUGAAGUGAUUGCAGUUAGUGAAAAUUAAUUUAUUCAUUCCAUGAUAUAUGUAUUUUAGUUGCAAAUUCCAAAUUUUAAUGAGGAGGAUGGAGACUAAAAAAAAAGGUUGUAUUUUGCAUUUGCUAGGUACUGAAAAUUAAGUCAUGUGUUGUUUAUUAUUAUACAUUUUACGACAUAUGAAAGUAUUAAAUUUUAUUUCUAAUAAUACAUUUCUGUGAUAUUUUUAUUUGUAUAAUUAUUUAGGUAUAUAUAAAUUUUACUGUUUUAUUAUGGCAGAUUAUUUUGGUUUUGAUGUCCAAGUUAUAUAAGCUAAUUAUCUGAUGUUAUUGUUUAAAUAUUGUAAUUAUGAGUUUACUGUUGCUGGAAGCUUGACAACUGUAGUUUUCAGAUGUUUUAGUUUUAUAUAUCUCAGCAAUUUAACAAUACCAUAGAGUGUCAAUGUUUUUAGAAACCAAAAAAAAAAAAAAAAAAUACAAAAACAAAUUUUAGAUUUAAGUUGUUAAGCUGUCCAUGUAACUGGCCAUGUUAUUUAAUAAGAUAACAUUGGACCAGGAAUUUGUAUAUUAUGUUCUUCCAAAGAAUAAAAUUUUUAAGAUGA